AUGACCAAUGUGGAUGACGUUGUUGUACCUAAACCGAAAGCACAAUGGAAUGCGGAUGAUGAGAAAAAAUGGUUAUGUGAUUGGAAAGAAAGGAAUAUUCUAAUCUAUGCUUUAGGAUUUGAUGAAUAUUUUCGUGUUUCUCAUUGUAUAAUCGCUAAAGCUGUGUGGGACUCAUUGCAAGUUGCUCAUGAGGACACACAUAAAGUCAAACAAGCUAGAAUCAAUACUUUGAACCAAGAGUUUGAACGCUUUCAUAUGAAGCAUGGUGAAACCAUUACCGAUAUGCAAAACAGGUUCACUCAUAUUGUUAACCAUUUACAUGCACUUGGUAAGCCAGUUUUGAAUGAAAUUGCUACUAACAAAAUUUUAAUAUGUCUUAAUAGGGAAUGGUAA